CUUCGGGGAGGUAGCAGCGCUGCCGCCUUGCGAGCAGUGAACCAGGUUCGCGGCGAUGCGCCGAGCGCCGUUAUUCCCACCGCUGCAAAUCGGGCGAAACGGGAGGUAAACCGGCGAAAAGCAGGAUCGUCGCAGUUUCGCGCCACCCUCUCCACGCCGUCGCAACGCGGCGUCUGCAACCCCGCGGACAAAAUCUCCAAACGACAACGCAACACGCGUUACUCGAGCAGACCGUGCUUCUUACCUCAGCGCAGUCGGUUGUUAGGUAUUCACCUGCUCGUCCGCGCCGCGUCGCGUUGCGUUCUCUCCUGGGUUCUGAUUUCCUCGGUUAUAAACACGAUGCGCAGUGCAGUGAAAGGGUGCAGACGAUAAUAACAAUAACCCUGUAACCUGGUGGCCUCCUCUGCGCCGUCGCAACUGUCAACCGGCAUCGAGGGGCCGCUGAAUGUCCGAUCGCCGGCUCGUUUUUCCCUGGAGGAGCAGUUGGGCACGGACAGGAUCAGGAAGAGAGGUCGUCCCUGCUUGAGGGUGGCUGCAGUGACAGGGGUGGUGGCGAGAGUCAGGGCGGGGGUGGGCCCAGGGGUGGCGUCAUGGACUCUAAUCAACAACAAUUUUGUCUGAAGUGGAACAGCUUUGGCAGCAAUUUGGCCACGGCAUUUUCGAACCUCUUCAAAAGCGAGAGUCUCACCGAUGUCACCCUCUUCUGCGAGGGUGUGACGUUCAAGGCGCACAGAUUGAUCCUGGCAGCAUGUAGCAAGCAUUUUCAAGAGUUGUUCGAGGGGAUGCCACCCUCGCCUGCGGGCUUGAUCGUCAUCCUCGACGGUACCAGCGCCCACAACAUGACUGCACUGCUCGAGUUCAUGUACAGGGGCGAGGUACACGUCUCUCAGGAAUCCCUCAGCUCCUUUCUCAAGGCUGCCGAGUGUCUCCAAGUAAAGGGUCUCUCGAUAGAGCACGAGAAAUUGGCGGUGGCUCAAAGGCACGCGGCGGAAGGCAACGGCUCGUCGGACGGCAACGGCGGGAUCGGGGGCGGCGGAAGUGGGGCGGGGGCCGGAAAUACGGGAAUCGGCGCUGCAGGCAGCGUCAGAAAGAAGUCCCCGACCCCCGUGCCUGCCCCCUCAAAUGCAACAAACUACUCCGUGCCCACUUCACACGCCACGACCCAGCACUACUACGACAGUCCGAGGAAGAGGCUCAUGAGGUCUCCGAGCGACGCCGACGCUUUGGGAAGAGCGAGCGUGCUUCGUGACGGAGCGGCGUUUCGUCCGGCAUCGGCGCCUCACCCUCUACUCCUGGACAGCAACCUGCAUUCGCAUUUUCCCCACCCGACGGACCAGCCGUCGCAUCCCCACACAGCGCCCCACACGCCGACGGAACUUGAACGAGAAUUGGAACGCGACAGAUCGGAGGAGAGAGGGAACGGUGAGCACAGAGACAACGGUGCCGAAGACCUUCGGAUAAAACAGGAACCAGGUCUAUUAACGGACAGAGAAAGGGCCGAAAGGUUAGCCGAGCGUUCAUCCGGCGAGUCUUACGGCGGCAGAGGCGGAGGCGGCGAAUCAGCCGCGUAUGGCACUCAGGGUGAUCAUCUAGGGCAGCAUCAGGGCUGCGGAAAUCUGGCACCCAUACCUCCGCCACACCCUCCAACCCCCGACCUCAGCCCUGCGCCCGCAACGCCCGCCACGUGGAAUUCAAAAAUCAACAAGGCAGGAACCGUGACGACGCCGGAUGGAAAGAAGCUCAAGUGUCCAUUCUGCGAGCGGCUCUACGGUUACGAGACGAAUCUUAGGGCACACAUACGGCAGCGUCAUCAGGGUAUAAGAGUGCCAUGUCCAUUCUGUUCGAGGACAUUUACAAGGAACAACACGGUCCGACGUCACAUCGCGAGGGAACACAAAACCGAGCUGAGUCUAAAGGCUUACCAGCAAUCGAACGCGGCUACGCAGUAGCCGAUGCUCGCCGAGAAGAAGGCGGCUUUCUAAGGAGCCGAAUUACGGGGAGGAGGACGGGGGAUGGGGAUGGGGUUGAGGAUGAGGUACCGCAGACCGUUGUUGGAAAUUAAUUAUAUCACAUUAUGUUACGCCCGAUUAUUCACCCAUACGUGCAUCCAUCCAUCCAUCCAUCCAUCCACCGGCCGACGCACCCCCACCCUCCCAAUCCAAAAACCCUGUGUAAACAACCCCAAACUGUUGGACCUGCCCAAAAAAUUCACCCAACGAACGCAACGCGAAACUAUGCGUCGAGAGGAUUCGUUAAUUCGCUUAGCGUUUUUACCCUGACAAUUGAUUGUAUUCGACACGUGCAUGCACGUACGAUGUGAGCGAUUGUUCGAACGUAUGCUGCUGACGCGUCGCGUUACGUCGUCAAACUGUCCGAGCGAGAGAAAAGAACGGGGAUGAUACGUGAAGACGGAAGAAGACGAUGACGAGAGAAAAUUGUUGAUGAUGAAAAAAAAUAAAAAAAAAAAAACAGCAAACAAACAAACGCAAAA